AUGCCCUAUCCGUCUCCACCAGCUCAGCCGCCUUCUCCAGCGGCCCCCAAAAUAUCCGGACAUGAAAAUGCCCCGAUAAACGUACCCAGUACAACACCAUCCUCACUUCCAAGCCCACUGCCAAUCCCGAUCCCAUUUACCACCACAACGCUCCACCCCAAACACAUCACCCGGUCCACUUUCCACCACCUCCUAACAUGCUACCCGACGACCGUCCGCAACGUGCACCGCAACAAAGCACUGCUCAAACUAUGGCCGAAAAAGAUCCAGGCCCAGGCCCAGGCCCGGUCGCGCGGGAAAGCUGAGAAAAUAGUACCGGUCUGGGGAAAGAUCCCCGUUGAGAUUGAGAGCGGGCAGCUGGGUGAUGAGGAGAGGGAGAGCGUGAGGGCGGCGGUUGAUGCGUUCUUGGAGUUGGAUGGUUGGCGGUAUGCUGGGGUGUCGAGGGCGGAGAUGUUUGGGAAGGAGGAGUUGGUUAGGACGAUGGAGUGGAAAUUAAAACAUGGGGUCAACCGCCCGGUCCUCAUGAGCAUGGUCAAGUCCAACACGGAUGAAACAGUGAGAAAGAGUGUUUCGGCCGCUCUUGCCGCUUUAUCUACUGGAGAGAAUCCCCUCUCGAAACCAGACGAGGCCUUUCCCAACGACAGCCUCGAUGCAUUCGGUCCCGUGCGCGGCGUUGGUGUCGCUACAGCCUCUUUGAUCCUUUCCCUCUUAACUGCCACAAGUCCUGAAAAAGAAGACGGCAACGGUCAACAGACCGCCACCGUGAAACAGGAAGUCCCCUUCUUCAGUGAUGAUGUAUAUCUCUGGCUCUGUCUGGAAGACUUCCCUGAACCUACAAGCGGAGAUGAGCAAGACGGUCAAGGCACGGAAACGAAACAUGGCAAUCUUCCCGAGUUCAACCGGCCCAAUGUCUCUGUAUUGAACGUCAAAUAUAAUCUCGCCGAGUAUGGCCAAUUAUGGGAAUCAUGCUGGGCGGUCCACGAGAGACUGAAUCGUGCCGCCGAGGAAGGGAAGCCUGCUGGGAUGGGCCCGGAUCGUACUGAGAUGGCUGCUAUUUCUCAUCUUGAUAUCGAGCGGGCUGCAUUUGUUGUGCGCAAUAUUGCGGUUUCUGGGUUCUUUGGAGAUGGGGCUGGUGUUGAGAAAAUUGGUCUUGUCGAGUCUGCAUCGGAGACAAUGGUGGAACCCGUGCAGGAAAAAGAAGAGAAGAAGGAGAAGGCCGAGACUGCGGGAGAUCCAGCAUCGCGGAAGAAGAGAGAAGUCCAAGAUAGUCAUGUGAGAAGGUAUUCAAAGCGCACGAAAAAAGCUUGA